AAAGUUUUGUUGUCACGCGCCGUUUCCGGUAAAAUGGCGGCGCCCGCUGUGCUGUGGAGGCGGCUCCGGGGCCCCGGGCUGGUGGCGUUACUCGCUCGGCUGUGUGACCGGAGCAGAGACCGCGGGGGCAGGACUCCGCUGUUCCUCUUGGCCCCACUACUGGCCCCCAGUACUCCUCAGAUUGCAUCCCAACGUCCCCCUGUGAACGGUGUUUGUCCUCGAGGGGCUCAUCGGUUCCAGUGGAUUGGGAAUCUGGUUCCAGAGUUUGGUAUCUCCAGUUCGAGUGUAAAGGUUCUUCAUACCCCAGAUGAGUUCUACCAGGUCAUGAAGGCCCAGAUUAAAAAGGCCAAGAAGCGCAUCAUAAUGGCAUCACUUUACCUGGGGACAGGUCAUUUGGAGCAAGAGCUGGUUGAUUCCAUAGAGGAAACACUUCGCUGCCCAGAGUCGUGUGAUUUGCGGGUAUCCAUCUUGCUGGACUUCACCAGAGGAUCUCGUGGCAGGAAGAACUCGCGCACCAUGUUACUUCCUUUGCUCCGUAGAUUCCCAGAACGUGUUCGUGUCUCCCUUUUCCACACGCCAAACCUUCGUGGCCUGCUGCGCCUGCUCACUCCGGAGAGAUUCAAUGAGACCAUUGGCCUACAGCACAUGAAGAUCUAUCUAUUUGAUGACACGGUCAUUUUAAGUGGGGCCAAUCUAAGUGACUCUUACUUCACCAACCGUCAGGACCGUUACAUUAUGCUGCAAGGCUGCCCCGAGGUGGCGGAUUUCUUCAGCGAGUUGGCGGGGGCCGUGGGUGAUAUCUCUCUGCAGCUGCAGCAAGAUGAUUCUGUCCAGACAGAUGAUGGAAUGGAGCACCCAUAUCAAGGUGACAAAGUGAAAUAUUGUGACGCUGCCAAUCGGAGGGUUAUGGAGGUGAUUGAGACUGCCCAGCGCCGGCAAUGUGAGAAGAAUAGUGCCAGCUUCCAGAGUGGGCACCCUGCUUCAAAUACAGAUACCCCUGACACCUGGGUAUACCCCCUGGUACAGAUGAAACCUUUUGGGGUUCACAUAGAUGAACUGGUGACGGAAACGCUGCUAACGGAGGCUGAACGGGGAGACCAACUGUUUUUGACCACUGGCUACUUCAACUUAACGCAGGGCUACAUGGACUUGCUGCUGGGCACUCGGGCCAACUACAGCAUCCUGCUGGCUGCACCCGAGGUCAAUGGCUUCUAUGGAGCUAAAGGCAUUGCAGGGGCCAUCCCCGCGGCUUACAUCCACAUUGAACAUCAGUUUUAUAAUGAACUCCGCCGGCAGUGGCAGCAGCACAGAAUCCGCUUACAGGAGUACUUCAGGGAUCUCUGGACCUUCCAUGCUAAAGGUCUGUGGCUGUACCCAGCAGGGGCUGCUUUGCCGUGUCUGACCCUGAUUGGCUCUCCAAACUUCGGGUACAGAUCCGUUCACAGGGAUUUAGAAGCCCAGAUUGCCCUCGUAACUGAAAAUCAAGAGCUUCAGCAGCAGCUGCAUCAGGAACAGUGCAGUCUCUACAACCUUUCAAAAGAGGUAUCCCAGACCACAUUUGAGCAUCCAAGCCGGCACGUGAAGCUGUGGGUGAAGCUGGUGACCCCUCUCAUAAAGAACUUCUUUUGAUUGGCUGUACGUCUUUCAUUUGGCUGCAUGAGAACAGAUUUCAAUGAAACCGGAGUUGUGAUUCACUUGAAAGGACCAGCAAUGCUUCCACCACAGCUCAGCUCUCAGACUUUCUUCCAAUCAGUGACGCAGUAUGGGACCAUAUUCCUAUUUGUUUGUUGGAGGUAGGGCUCCACUCUACAAACCAGACUGUUCUGAGCUUUCUAGGUUUUCAAUUAAUUUAUGGAAGUGAGCAUGAUGAAGAUGGACAACCUGGAACGAAAAAGCCCUGGGUCUGCAUGUCCCAGACAUCCUGCGUCAGAAAUGAAUUAUGUUUGGUACUUUCCUUCCUCCUAUUCAGCAUUUCAAGGGGCUCUCUGACACUGCACCUGUCCCCGAAGCAAGCUAUUUAAUUCCGUGUGCAAAGAUUUUAUGUAUAACAAAAUAAAACUACAAUACACUAUAAAUACAUUA